AGACUCGCCCAGGGCACUUCUGUCAGCAGUGGCCAGUGGCACUCUCGUGUCUCUCCCUCACUGCCGGGAAAAAGUGUUGUACAUGGUUACACAUAUUCUUUUGACUUUUAGCACAUAUUUUGUUAUUAGAAUUGGAGAGACUGCGGUUCAUUCUCCAAACAGCAUCAUAUUACUCUAGUGGUGUUCGUAGCAUUCAAAGUCUUUUGUUACAGUGAACUGAAGAUCCAGUGUGCUCACUGCUAACCAUGGCCUUCUUACGCAGUGCGAGGAACCUGCUCAGAAGUCCUCUUUUUAGAGAUUGUCAUUCAAGUGCUACAAGAAGUGUCACUUAUGAAGCUCUCAAAUCUGAAAUUGAACAGCAAAUGACACCUAAAGAAUACGUAAAUUUUGCAAGAGAUUUUGUUGCACCAUGGGCAGACACAAAGCCUUGCCACCCAGCUUUGCUUUUCACAGACGGCCAGAAGGAAACUAUUGUGAGCUAUAGUGACCUUCUCCUUCAAGCUAAGACACUAGCCACUGCCCUCAGGAAUCCCCAGCUCCCAAAGUGUGCCCUGGUGCUCUUGCCCAAGGUGCCUGCUUGGUGGGUGAUGAACGUUGCUGCCUCUUGGUGUGGCACCAUUGUGUCUUGUGGCACCACUAUGCUCACGCCAAGGGAUGUUGCUCAUCGCCUGUCUAAAUGUGGAGCAGACUGCAUUAUUUGUACGCCAGAACUAGCUGCUUCUCUAGAUGAAAUCACAAAAUCUCUGCCACUACGAAUCGUUGUUUCUGACAGUCAAGAGGAUAUUCGUGGUGGGUGGAUAUGCUAUAAUGAGCUGCUGGAGUCAUGCCAUGGACGUCCAGCUCAACCAUGUGUAGCUACCAGAGGUGAUGACAUUUCUCAGCUGUUCUUCACAUCGGGUACAACAGGCAAACCAAAGAUGGUGCCUCACACACAAGCCUCCUUCACCACUGGUCACAUUGGAACGAUAAGGUACUGGCUUGAUCUAGGAGAAGACGACAUGAUAUGGAAUAUUUCUGACACUGGCUGGGCAAAGGCAGCUUGGAGCAGCUUAUAUACUCCUUUGAUGGCUGGAGCAACAUCAUUUAUUCAUCAGAUGCCUCGUUUUGAUGCAAAGGAAACAUUACGUGCUUUGUGUGAAUACCCUGUGACAGUGUUAUGUGCACCACCAACAGUCUAUAGAUCCUUAGUGCAGUGUGAGCUCUCCCGAUUCCCCCUGAAGGCCCUGCGUCACUGUGUGAGUGCUGGUGAGCCUCUCAACCCAGAAGUGAUGCAUGCAUGGACUAAUAACACAGGUCUUCAAAUCUAUGAGGGCUUUGGCCAGACUGAGACAACAUUGCUGUGUGGGGUGCUCAAAGGCAUGAAGCUGAAAUUUGGCUCAAUGGGCAAGUCUGCUCCUGGCUACAACCUUAAGGUGCUGAAUGAGCAACAGCAAGAGCUUCCACCAUACCAUGAAGGCAAGCUGGCAAUAAGCCUUAAGCAGGGACAUCCUUGUGGGCUAUUUAAAGGAUACCUUUAUGAUGAACAAAGGACCAGUGAGGCAUUCAGAGAUGGAUACUACUUCACAGGUGACAGAGCUUACUACGAUGAUGAUGGUUAUUUUUGGUUUGUGGGCAGAGCAGAUGAUGUCAUCAUCUCUUCAGGAUACAGGAUUGGACCUUUUGAAGUAGAGUCCUGUCUUCUAGAACACCCAGCAGUGGCUGAGUCAGCUGUGGUCUCUUCUCCUGAUGAGCUACGUGGGGAAGUAGUGAAAGCAUUUGUAGUGUUGGCAGAAAAUUUCAAACAUCAUCAAGUAGAAGCCCUGAUUGCUGAUCUGCAGAAUUAUGUUAAGACUGCCACUGCGCCUUACAAAUAUCCAAGAAAGAUUGAGUUUGUUGAUUCCCUUCCUAAGACUGUGAGUGGCAAAAUACGAAGAAUUGAGCUGCGGGCCAAGGAAUGGGCUGGUCAGUCAGAACCCAGUGGUGGCAGUAGCAGUGGCAGUGGCAGCAUCAGCAGCAGCAGCAGCAGCCGCCAUGGUGGUUAAAACUGAAAUACUGAAAACAAGUAACAAAUGACCAAACAGUACAGGCAACCCCCGCUUAACGAAGGGGUUACGUUCCUAAAAAAAACCUUCGUUAAGCGAACUGAUUAUAACAAGUUUAACCCCUGACUUGAACUUCCAUUGAGAGUAAACAAAGCGAGAGUGC